ACGAAGAAGAGGUCUUCCUGCCUCACUUCCGUCUCAACAUGGCGGAGUAUGUACAGGUUUUUCGGAGGGCUUUGGCACAGUUAGGAGGUCACGGUGGAAUCCGUGGAGUUCUCGUUCAGUUAUUCAGAGUCAAUGAUCUGAAAACUGGAACGCUGGUCGGUGUUGACAAGUAUGGGAACAAGUAUUACGAGGACACUCGGAACUUCUUCGGACGCCACCGAUGGGUCAUCUACACUAAGGAAAUGAAUGGAAAGAACACCUUCUGGGAGGUGGAUGGGAGCAUGGUUCCAGCUGAGUGGCACCGAUGGCUUCACUGCAUGACGGAUGACCCGCCCACGACCCACCCCCCGGUACCCCGGAAGUUCUUAGCUGAAACCCACAAGUUUAACCUGAGCGGCACGUCCAAUCAGUAUGUCCCCUACUCCACCACCAGGAAGAAGAUCCACGAGUGGGUUCCACCCAAGGUCGGCGAUCAGUGACCCCCGGCUGACCCCCAGCUGACCCACGUGUAACCCUCUGUUACACUUGUCCAUAACUCUGUAAAUUAUGACUCUCGUGCACUCUGUGUGUUCUUAUAGUAAUAAAACCAAGAACAAAA